UGAUGUCUAGAAAACACUAAAAGAGAAAAUCAAGAACUGAAAAUAAAAAGAGUAGAUUUUAAUAGUUUGCAUUUUCUGUAUUGAGUUCUCUCUAUCAUGGCAACAGAAGCAAGUGGCACAUCAGCAGCACCCUUAGCUAACCCAGUUGCAAUCAUCAGCCCUCAGUACUGCUACCCUUACCCAGUUGAUCUUGCAAUUGUGAGAAAAGUGUGGACUCUAGCAGAUGGCAACUUUGAUGUUCAGGAUAUCAAUGGUAACAUCAUCUUUAAGGUGAAAGAAAUCCUCCUAACUUUUCUCCAUGAAAAGAAGCUCAUUCUCGAUCCUGCCGGAAACACCAUCGUCACUUUACGACGCAAGGCAAUGACAGCACAUAGCAGAUGGCAGGUUUUCAGGGGAGAAAGCACAGACCCUAAAGAUGUAAUUUUCACUGCCAAAACACAUUCAAUAUUCUAUCUCAAGACAAAAUUAGAUGUGUUCUUAGCAAAUAACAAUACGGAUGAAAAGGUUUGUGAUUUCAAGGUGAAAGGCAGCUUUUUCGAACGAUCUUGUGUCGUUUACGCCGGAGAUGAAGACUCUACGACAAUCGUUGCACAGAUGCAUAAAAAGCACUCGGCUCAGAGUAUAUUGCUGGGGAAGACAAAUUUCACGGUGACAGUGUAUCCCAACAUCGAUUAUGCUUUCAUAGUUGCUCUGAUUGUGAUUCUUGAUGAUAUCAAUCGCGAGGCACAAGAUGCUGCCUCAUAACUAUGAUUAAUUUUCAAACUCGGACUUGGUCUACUAUAUGCAAAAAACCAAAAAUAAAAAUAAAAAUUAAUGACCUUUUCUUAAUUUGUUGAACUACUGGAAGAAAUAAAAUGUUUACACUUGUGAUA